AUGAAGCCGCCUGGCAGAAGCUCUCUGCGGCAGCCCUUCUCUGGCAGCUGCCGGCGCCCUCCUCGCUCCUCUAACGCUGCCUUCUCAGCCUGCCUGGCGCGGCGGCUGCCUCCGCUCGGCUCCUUCCGCCGUUUCCUUCUGGGGCUCCUGCUGCUCUGCUGGGGGCGCCCGGAGAGCUGGGGGGUCAUUGCGGACACCGCUAUCCAUUGGAAUGAAACUUUGGAAAAGCCAGAAACUAUACUAGGAAAUGAGGACACUGCAUUUCAACAGACUAACAAUAGUGGUAGCAAAAAUAACAAUUACAGCAGUGCAUUCCAAAAAGAAAUCACAUUGCCUUCAAGACUUAUUUAUUAUUUGAACAAAGACUCUGAAAGUCCCUACCAUAUUUUGGAUACUAGGACAAGAUACCAGCAAAAACACAGUAAGGCUGUGCAUCUAGCUCAGGCAAGUUUCCAGAUUGAAGCUUUCAGUUCUAUGUUUAUUCUCGACCUCUCACUGAACAAUGACUUAUUAUCUGCUGAUUAUGUGGAAAUUCAUUAUGAAGAUGACAAACCGCAAUAUUCAAAGGGAGGGGAACACUGCUAUUAUCAUGGAAGCAUCAGAGGCGUCCCAAAAUCCAACGCUGCUAUUUCUACCUGUAAUGGACUUCAUGGCAUGUUUGAAGACAACACUUAUGUCUACCUGAUAGAACCUUUGGAGUUAACUCACAGCACGAGCAGUGCAGGCAGACCACAUGUUGUCCGGAGAACGUUUGGAUCAAAUGCCUUCAGUCAGUUGGAAGAUCUUGAUACCGAUUCCACAUCUGAUUGGUCCUUCCUGUCUGAAUUGCAGUGGCUGAGAAGGAGGAGAAGGGCUGCAGUGCGUGGCAUCUUUGAAGAAAUGAAAUACUUGGAGCUCAUGAUUGUUAAUGAUUAUAAAAUGUUCAAAAAACAUCGGUCAUCCCAUAGUAAUACGAAUAACUUUGCAAAAUCGGUGGUAAAUCUCGUGGACGCUAUUUACAAGGAGCAACUAAACACCAGAGUUGUUUUAGUUGCUGUCGAAACCUGGUCAGACAGAGAUCGUAUCCAUGUUCACCAGGACCCCCGGAAGAUGCUUCAUGAGUUUUCCCGAUAUCGGCAGAACUUCAUCAAGCAACGUGCUGAUGCUGUUCAUCUCCUCUCGAAUGUCACAUUUCAUUAUAAAAGAAGUAGCCUAAGCUAUUUUGGAGGAAUUUGUUCAGUGGCUAGAGGUGUGGGAGUAAACGAGUAUGGGCCUUCCUGGGCAAUAGCACACGAAUUAUCCCAAAGCUUGGCUCAGAAUUUAGGAAUACAGUGGGAACCAGCAUCCAGAAAACCAAAAGGGUGUGAUUGUACAGAAUCCUGGGGUGGAUGCAUCAUGGAGGAAACAGGUGUCUAUCAUCCCAGAAAAUUCUCAAAGUGCAGCAUUGCUGAAUACAGAGACUUUUUACUCCGAGGAGGAGGGUUUUGUCUUUUCAACAGGCCUACAAAGUUGUUUGAUGCCACUGAAUGUGGAAAUGGCUAUGUGGAACCAGGCGAAGACUGCGACUGUGGUAUCCAAACGGACUGCCAUGCAGAAUGCUGUAAAAAAUGUUCCCUUUCUAAUGGAGCCCAUUGCAGUGAUGGUCCAUGUUGUAAUGAAACCUGCCUUUUUUUUCCACGAGGUUUUGAGUGUCGCUAUGCAGUGAAUGAAUGUGAUAUUACCGAAAUCUGUACAGGUGACUCCGGCCAGUGCCCGCCCAAUCUUCAUAAGCAAGAUGGAUUUGCUUGCGAUUCAAAUCAGGGACGUUGUUACAGUGGAGAGUGUAAGACAAGAGAUAAUCAAUGCAAAUACAUCUGGGGCAAUAAGGCUUCAGGGUCUCACAAACACUGUUACGAGAAGCUUAAUACAGAAGGUACCCAAAAAGGAAACUGUGGAAAAGAUGGGGAGAAAUGGAUUCCUUGCCACAAACACGACGUAUUCUGUGGAUUAUUGCUUUGUGCAAAUCUUGAUGGGGCUCCACGAAUUGGUUACCUUCAGGGAGAAAUUAUUCCAACUUCUUUUUUCCACCAAGGUGUUGUAGUGAAUUGCAGUUGUGCACAUGUACUUUUAGAUGAUGAAACAGAUUUAGGAUAUGUAGAAGACGGGACUCCCUGUGGUCCUAAUAUGAUGUGUAUGGACCGAAGAUGCCUCUCCAUUCAGUCCUUGAACAUAAGCAGUUGUCCUAUGGAUGCUAAUGGAAAAGUUUGUUCGGGGCAUGGGGUCUGCAGUAAUGAAGCCACCUGCAUUUGUAACACUACUUGGGCAGGUACAGAUUGUAGCAUGUUUGAUCCUAGAAGGAAAGAUGACUCAGAGAAACCAAGUGGACCAAAGGGUUUGUGUGAUUUCAGUUCCUUUUACCACCAUAUCAUUUAUAUUAUUAACAGGAACAUUUGUAACGAAGCAUUUGAAAACUAUUAGACUAUUAUGUAUACUUUAUUUCUUUGUAUACAAGUUUUACACCAAUG